GCUUGAAUCUUUUUAAAUUGUAUAUACUAACAUUUGGUUAAUUUGGAGCACAAAAAUGGCGGCCAUAUCUCGAUUCCAAUUCCUGCAACCAUACCCAUAUCCAUUUCCCAAACUUUCAUCAUUUUCCUCAAAAUUCCUAAAUUACUCACCAAUUCUCUCCAACUUCAACAACAUCACCACUCUGCCGCCCUGCUGGAUUCAUUACCGUAAAUUCUCCGUCGCAUCACCACUCUUCUCCGGCUCAAUUCCCGAGUGUCUUGAAAGUUCUGAAUCGAGCACGUCAAUUGUUGGCGACCUGUUGGACUAUCUGAAUGAAUCAUGGACUCAGUUUCAUGCUACAGCUGAAGCUAAAAGACAACUAAUUGCCGCUGGAUUUCAUCUGCUGAAAGAAAAUGAGAAAUGGGAUCUGCAGCCUGGUGGGCGCUAUUUCUUUACACGGAACAUGUCCUCUUUGGUUGCAUUUGCCAUUGGAAAGAAGUAUUCUAUUGGUAAUGGAUUUCACGUGAUUGCUGCUCACACAGAUAGCCCGUGUUUAAAACUAAAGCCGAAGUCUGCAUCAACUAAAUCUGGCUAUCUUAUGGUCAAUGUGCAAACAUAUGGCGGUGGGUUAUGGCACACUUGGUUUGAUCGGGAUCUGAGUGUAGCUGGGAGGGUUAUUCUAAGAGCUGAUGAUGGUUCCUUUCUUCACAGGCUUGUGAAAAUAACGAGGCCUCUUUUGCGAGUGCCUACAUUGGCUAUUCAUCUUAAUCGAACGGUGAAUCAGGAUGGAUUUAAGCCAAACCUUGAGACUCAUCUUAUUCCACUACUGGCAACAAAGACAGAGAAUGCAACUGCUGAUGAGAAAAGUAAUGUGUCUUCUUCAAAAGAUGUCCAUCAUCAACUCCUUCUGAAGAUCUUGUCGGAUGAGCUCAGCUGUAAAAUUGAUGACAUAGUUAGUGUUGAGUUAAAUAUUUGUGAUACCCAACCUAGCUGCCUUGGAGGUGCAAAUAAUGAGUUCAUAUUUUCUGGAAGACUGGAUAAUCUUGCAUCGAGCUUUUGUGGUUUGAGAGCUCUGGUUGAUUCAUGUGCAUUGCCUGAAGAUUUAUCAAAUGAGAAUGCAAUUCGGAUGAUUGCUCUUUUUGAUAAUGAAGAGGUUGGUUCAGAUUCAUGCCAAGGAGCUGGUGCGCCAACUAUGUUUGAGGCAAUGAGACGGAUAACUGAAUGUCUAAGUCAUCCAUCUGCGGGAGAAUCUGAUUUUGCCCGCGCAAUUCGCCACUCUUUUCUUGUGUCUGCUGAUAUGGCUCAUGGAGUUCACCCUAAUUUUGUUGAUAAGCAUGAGGAACACCAUCGUCCUGAAUUACAGAAGGGGCUUGUAAUCAAGCAUAACGCAAAUCAACGCUAUGCUACGAGUGGAGUUACAUCUUUUCUUUUUAAAGAAGUUGCCAGACUCAACAGCCUUCCGACACAG